AUGUCCGAAGAUCUGGAUAUUGAUAAAUAUCUUGCAACCGAGGCCAGCCAGCUCCAAAAAGAUCAAGAAGUCGAACGUAUUUUGACAGCGUUUAAGUUGAAUCCUUUUGACAUUCUGGACCUAGCACCAGAUUGUACCGAGAAAGAUAUAAAAAAUGCAUACCGAAAAAAAUCCCUACUCAUUCAUCCCGACAAAACCAAACAUCCGAAAGCACAGGAAGCAUUUGCAUUACUGAAGAAGGCGGAGAUGGAAUUGUCUAACGAGAAAUCACGACAAUUCCUUUUAGCGAUAGUUGAAGAAGCUAAACAUGAGUUGCGCCGGCGGAAAUCUCUAAAAAGAGAAUUGGAGGCUCAAGGUCUGGCAGCCAAAAAAGCCGAGCAGAUUGAAAAAGAGAAGAAGAGAAAGGCUGAGGAAGAAAAGUUAUGGGAGGAAACCAGGGAACAGAGAGUUAACAAUUGGAGGGACUUUCAAACAAAAAAGGGUGGUGGUUCGAAUUCGAAAAAGAAGAAGAAGUUAGGAGGCGAAUUCAAACCGCCAAAGGUUUUGGCCGAGGAUCCCUCAAAACCUUAUAUUAAGCGACCCACCACUAAUAAUUGA